ACCAUGGCGAAGAAGCAGCUGGACGUCCUGACGGCUCUGGACUUGGCAAAAACACAAUGGUACCAUUACACAGCCAUUAUAAUUGCGGGAAUGGGCUUCUUCACUGAUGCCUACGACCUCUUCUGUAUCACCACUGUAACUAAACUGCUGGGACGAAUUUAUUACUAUGAUCCCACCAAAAACAAGCCGGGCGUCCUGCACGCUGAAGUAACGUCUGCGAUCACGGGGGUGGCCUUCUGCGGAACUUUCGCGGGACAGCUGUUCUUCGGGUAUAUGGGCGACAAACUGGGACGAAAGAAAGUGUACGGCGCCACCCUGCUGCUCAUGAUUGUUUGCUCCAUCGCCUCUGGCCUCUCCUUCGGCAAAUCUAGUAAAGGCGUGAUUAUCACGCUCUGUUUCUUCAGAUUCUGGCUGGGCUUCGGGAUUGGCGGAGAUUAUCCCUUGUCCGCCACCAUAAUGUCCGAGUAUGCCAACAAGAAGACCAGAGGAUCCUUCCUCGCAGCCGUCUUCGCCAUGCAAGGCUUUGGCAUCCUCGCCGGCGGUCUAGUAUCCCUCAUCGUCUCCACCGCAUUUCAUGACCAUGCCGCCGACCUAGACCACUAUAGGACAUCUCAUCGAGCAGACUAUAUAUGGAGAAUCAUCCUCAUGUUCGGCGCCUGUCCGGCAGCUCUUACGUUCUACUGGCGCAUGAAGAUGCCGGAAACCGCUCGCUACACGGCCCUGAUCGCCAAGAACGCAACCAAAGCGGCGGCGGACAUGUCGAGAGUUCUGAAUGUCCAACUCCAAGAAAGUUCAACGAAAAUGCAGUCUAACGAGCCAGAAUAUAAGUUGUUUUCAGCCGAGUUCUUCAGACGCCACGGCCUACACCUCCUAGGCACUACCACCACCUGGUUGCUCCUCGAUAUCGCCUUCUACAGCCAAAACCUGUUUCAAAAGGACAUGUUCACUACCGUCGGCUGGCUCCAUAAGGCCGACAAGAUGGGAGCUGUACACGAAGUACAGAGGAUCGCAAGGGCACAGUUGAUAAUUGCGAUGGUAUCGAUAAUCCCGGGGUACUGGUUCACGGUAUUCCUGAUCGACCACAUUGGCCGCUUUGUCAUUCAGCUCAUCGGCUUCUUCUUCAUGUCCUUCUUCAUGUUCGUGCUCGCUAUUUGGUACGACAAAUGGCUACAUCACAAGACUGGCUUCGUUGUCCUCUAUGCACUCACCUUUUUCUUUGCAAACUUCGGGCCCAACAGCACCACAUUCAUUGUUCCGGCCGAGCUUUUCCCCGCCAGAUUUCGCUCAACCUGCCACGGCAUAUCGGCUGCCAUGGGAAAGGUUGGGGCCAUCAUUGGCGCUUUUGGGGUUGGCUAUCUUGCUGAUCCUUCCAAAAUAAAAUCCACCAAAGAUGGCCACGGCCAACUCAAGCCUGCUCUGUAUGUGCUCGCUUGUACGAAUGCUGUGGGUUUUGCUUUCACGUUUCUGGUGCCUGAAACAAAUGGCAAAUCCCUCGAAGAACUCUCUGGAGAAACCGAUGGAGUUGAAGAGAAGGAGAAGGAGCUUAAGGCUAUGCCCACCAUCAGUGUGUAG